CUCGAAUCUGUCGCGAAUCUUUUCACUUUCACCUUCAUCUUUACCUUCAUCUAACUUCAUCGUGUUUUUCUUCUCUCCCUCUAUUUACGGUAUAGGCACCGUUGAAGUCGCCUACUUUCUUAACAGUUUCUUAUCGUCUGAAGCGCCAUUGACGUCUUCACACGGCUUACUUACAUUGCAUGAGAUAAGCCCUGCCUUGACACGGCUAUAAUUAUACCCUAACUCUCUUUGCGCGUUGGGAUAAAAGGAGCGUCUCUUCGCCUGUCGCGGUCACGCUUCGAUUUUCCUAUUCUGAGGUCAUCUAUAUUAGUCGCGGCGCGCACGAUCUCCCCCCACGAUAAUAGACAUCAUCAUCAAGAUGGCUGAUCGCAAACUACCCGUCCAACACAACACCCUCUUGAUAGAGGGUGUUCCAGAUCAUAUCGAUCUGAUUUCGCGUCGACGCCUUGGUCAAACUAAGCUCACACCUAAGAUGUCGGGGAGCAGUGACUCUGACCUCGGAGUGUUCGACUACGCGCAUCUUCGCGCUCCUUUGCCCAAGGGCAUCGUCUCUGGAAUCUUCAAGUCCAGCCCUAACAGCUAUUUUCUCAUGCGUCGCAGCUAUGAUGGUUUCGUCUCGGCGACCGGCAUGUUCAAGGCCAGCUUCCCCUAUGCUGAGGCUUCCGAUGAAGAUGCAGAGCGAAAGUACAUCAAGUCUCUUCCGACUACGAGCCACGAAGAGACCGCCGGUAACGUCUGGAUCCCCCCGGAGCAGGCUCUCAUCCUUGCCGAGGAGUACAAGAUUUCUCCCUGGAUUCGCGCGCUACUCGACCCUACCCCUAUUAGCACGAUAACUCCUGCGGGCUCGCCUGCUAAGAACAUCACGGCCCCUCCUAAAUUUGACGUUUUCAAGGCGUCGCAACCUAUCCUGGCACCUCCCACUCCAUCGGUUGCUCCUCGAAGCACACGCGCUCGUCGGUCCGCCAGCCCCACCAAGGUCCCAAGGCGCGCCCCUCCUUCACCUCGAAAGCGUAGCACCCGUGCCAAGGCCGAGACUGUCGAAACUAUCACAGAGAAGGCCGGCCUCAACGGCGUCCCGGAGCUUGGGGCCAAGGUCGAGGAAACUAAGCGCGAAGAUAUUGUGUUGCAGUCCACCGAGUUUGAGCCCGCCAUCGUUCUGGAGCCCAGAGAAGAGGACCCCAAGGUCAAGGUUCACAUCGAAGAGGAUGUUAUUACAGAUGAUGCUGGUGUUGAGACCAAGCGCACAAUCACUGAGGUCGAACUUCCUCUUCCUACAGCUGGCGAGCCCCCAACUGCAGAGGAAAUUGCCGAGAUGAUGAACGCAGCCAAGGAGAUGGUCCAAAAGAGCAAGGCUCAUGAGGCCGAAGAUGAGGAGCAAGACGAGACCAACGCUGAAGAGGGCUCUGCUUCUGCAAAGAAGAGCAAGCGCAAGGCUGGAGAUAUCUCGGUGGGCGAUGAAGAGGGCGACAAGACUCCAGAGGAGCAGCCCAGGUCAAAGAAGGUCAAGACCGAGACCCAAUUAAGAAAAGAAAAGGUCAAGAACCGGGCAUUGCUCGGUCUAGGUGCCACUGUCGCAGUUGGUGCCAUUGUUCCUUGGCUCAUGAACUUCCUAUAA